AUUUAAUUUUUUUACUGUAGCUGUCAAAUUUUGACGUUUAAUAAGCACCAUACCGCUUAACCUAACAUUUAAAUAACGUAAUAUAUCCUAAAGUUAUACAAUAUUUAAUAGGAACGAGCUGUUAUUUAUUGAUUAGUAUUAAACCAGUAUUGAAGAAAAUGUCCAAUGAACAAGAAAGUGUUGUUAAUUCACCUCAGGUAGAAAAUGGUGAAGAUGGUGAUUUUGUGGAUCCUUGGAAUGUUGUUGGUAAAUCAGACUCUGGGGUCGAUUAUGAUAAAUUAAUAAAACGUUUUGGAAGUUCAAAAAUAGAAGAUGAUCUUCUCGACCGAUUUGAAAAAAUAACAGGUAAACAACCUCAUCAUUUUCUUAAAAGAGGAAUAUUUUUCUCUCAUCGUGAUAUGCAUAGAAUUUUAAAUGAUGUCGAAGCAAACAAACCGUUUUAUUUGUACACCGGAAGAGGACCUUCAUCUUCUUCCAUGCACAUUGGGCAUUUAAUUCCGUUUAUAUUUUGCAAAUGGUUACAAGAUGUUUUUGAUGUGCCUUUAGUCAUCCAAAUGACGGAUGACGAAAAAACGUUAUGGAAAGAUUUAAGCGUUGAAGAAGCGAUGAAGUUAUGUUACGAAAAUGUUAAAGAUAUUAUCGCUAUUGGGUUUGAUGUAAACAAGACGUUUAUAUUUUCGAAUUUUGAAUAUAUGGGACAAGCUCCUGAAUACUAUCGUAAUGUGAUUCGUAUCCAAAAAUGCGUGACUUUUAAUCAAGUAAAAGGGAUUUUUGGUUUUGGUGAUAGUGAUAUAAUCGGGAAGAUCGCUUUUCCUGCUAUACAAGCAGCGCCUUGUUUAUCAACUACUUUUCCAGCGAUUUUCGGGGAAAAAAAGAUUUCCUGUUUAAUUCCAUGUGCAAUAGAUCAAGAUCCUUAUUUUAGAAUGACGAGGGAUGUUGCGCCUAGACUCGGGUUUCCAAAACCAGCUUUAAUCCAUUCCACAUUUUUCCCUGCUUUACAAGGGGCAAAAACAAAGAUGUCCGCGUCGGAUCCAAAUUCAACAAUAUAUUUAACUGACACUCCAAAGCAAUUGAAAAAUAAAAUUAAUAAACAUGCUUUUUCUGGUGGACAACCGUCGGUGGAAGAACAUCGGAAAUUAGGCGGAAAUUGUGAAGUUGAUAUUUCAUUUAAGUACUUAACGUUUUUCUUGGAGGAUGAUGCAAAAAUAGAGCAAAUAAGAAAAGAUUAUAGCAGUGGUGCUUUGUUAACUGGGGAAUUAAAAAAGAUUUUAAUCGACACUUUGACACCUAUUAUUCAACAACAUCAAGAAAGGAGAGCUAAGAUUACCAAUGAAGAAUUAAAAUUGUUUAUGACUCCGAGAAAGUUGUUUUAAUAAAAGGAAUUGUAACCUUCAAUUUUAUUUUAAUCUAUUUUUGUUAUGGAAACAAUAAUAAUUUAUUUCAAAAAUUCUUUUUUAUUAUUUUUUAUAAACGAGAAUGCUUUCCUGUUUUCUAUUCAAAAUGUGUUCAUGGUGUUGCGAAAAUAAAUUAUAACUACAAAUUAA